AUGAAAUUAUUAAAAGCAAUAGAUUUAUAUGGUAAAAUUCCAAAAGGAUUGGCAGAGCCUACAAGUUCAGGUGCUGUAGUUUCAAUUAUAACUUUGGUAUUGCUGGGAUUAAUGAUCAUGAAUGAAGUGAUUGUAAUGGAUAAUUGCAAUUAUUUGUUUAGGAGUAUAUUACAAUAGAUGUUCAAUCAGAAAUCAUUGUGGAUCAAUAAUUAUCAAAAGAUAGAGUUUAAGUGAAUUUAGACAUUAAAUUUGUAAAGGCUCCAUGUGACUUUUUAGAAAUAGAUUAAUAAGAUGCAAUGGGAUAGAGCUUAUCAUAAUAAUUCAUUGAAUUAAAAUAUUACAGACUUGAUUAAAGUGAAAGUAGGAUUAAUGAAUAUGUAAUAAUGAUAUUGAUAUAAUAGAUUAGAAAUAAUAAUAAUUGGGUUGUUACUGAAGAUGCCAGAAAAGCAAUUAAUGAAAAAUAAGGAUGUGAAGUUGUUGGAAUUUUAAAAGUUAAUAGAGUUAGAGGGAAAAUAUCAUUUGGUCCUCAUAGAUCUCAUUCUUACAUUAGUGAAGUUGGCAAUAUAAAUCUUCCAUUAGAUUAUUCUCAUAAAUUUAUAUCAUUUUCUUUUGGUGAUGAAAAUGCUCUUAAAAAAGUCAAGAGUAUGUUUUAACAAGGUUAAUUAGAGAGUUUGAGUGGCACAUAAAGAAUUAAAAAAAAUGAUUUAGCUAGUUAAUCAGUAUUAAUAAUUAAAUAUUUUAGAUGUAACAUGAACACUUUAUUAAUAUUAUUCCAACUCAUUAUACAUUGUUAAAUAAAUAAAUCUAUUCAGUUUACUAGUAUACAGCUAAUCAUAAUGAAGUAAGAUCACAUCAUUAUGGUAAUGUUCAAUUAAGGUAUUUAUUAUUAUUAUUAAGAUAUGAUUUUGCUCCAACAAGUGUUACUUAUUGGUAAACAAAAGAAGACAUUUUGCAUUUCAUAGUUUAAGUAUGUGCUGUAAUUGGAGGUAUAUUCACUGUAUCAAGCAUGAUUGAAGCUAGUGUAUAUAAAAUUAUGAGGAUGUUAUUAAAGGUUGAAUGA